AUGAAUAUUAUUUUACGCUUGCAUAUCUUGAAGGAUGAAUUGGAACACUAUCAGUUUAUUCUCUUAUGUGACCGCUCAUCCUUCGUAAAUGAUGUGAAACAAAAAAUCCAAUCUACCUACAAAACCUUAUAUCCUGACAAGGGAAACAUAACUGUCGUUAAUAUUAAAGACGAAGAGAACUACGACAUUCCCAAUGAAUAUUGCAUUGGUGAUAUCUUUCAAGGGAAUUCAAAAGUGCUUGUAGAAUGCAGUUCUACAAAUGUCUCUACAGCUCUUCCGAAAGACAGUACUGAUUCUUCAUUAUCUAAUGAAGACAGUCAUGUCUCAAUAGACACUACUGAAAUUAGCAAAAGUACAUUACCCCAACAGUUGGCUGAACAUAGUCAGCCUUCCUUAAAACGCCCAAGAUCUUCAUCCUCGGAACAACCUUCCCAAAAGAAGGUGAACACAGUUUCCGACGAUGGGAUUGAGUCAUCUGGGUUUGUUUACCGUCCUACUAAUGCUCGUGAUUCCAUAUCGUCAGUCACAUCCAUUAAUCAUCGGGACGAUUCUCUACACACAGAUGAUGAACACUAUAAUAAUGUUAAUCAACCUAAUUUUGUUCCAGAAUCAAUGGAAGACGUGAGUCCGGAAAAGAAAGAACCUUUAGUUCAAGAAACAAGUCCUAUAAAAGACAAUACGCGCGAAAAGAGUGAAGAAACGAAGAUAUUAACAGAGUCGCCUAAGAAAACAUCUCCCAGACAACUAACACCUUCUCCAACAAAAAGUAAGAAGCGUGAUGAUUUAUUGCAACUCUCUGCGUCAAAUACUCGCAUGACAAGGUCUUCAAAGAGAUUGGAACAACAGAAAGGACAAAAUGAGGCUCCUGCCGAAAGUAUCAACGAUCAGACGGCUGAACGGAAGCAAGAGCACCAAGACCAUUCUACAACUAGCGAGUCUGAAGAGGAAAACGUAGAAGAACCAAGUGUCCUUGCACCCGAAAUUGUUGUUCAUGAGACGCCUUCUCAUCCUUCUACAGCUGUUCCAUCCGAUGAAGAAGAUAGCAGCUCUGAUAGUGACAGCAUUUCUGGAUCUUCAUCCGUGUCUGUCUCAUCGAGUUCCUCAAAUGACCUUUCGGAGGAAAGUGACGCCGCCGUUGAAGAAAGCUCAACUCAUCCAAAAGAAAGCGCAUCGAUACCCAUCUCAAAGCAAACACCACCAAGAGAGGAAAUUUCCCAAAACAAUGAUGCCAAUGCAACGACUAGUGCUUUUAAUGCUAAUAUUCAAGAUCCUGGAAAGAAGUUUAGACAAAUCAGCCAAAAUUCAGAUUCUGAUAGCGAGUCAACUACUGACUCUUCUAGUGAAUCGGAAUCUGAUUCUUCCAUUCCUUUAAGCCAACGAACCCAUCCUUUGGCGCCCGAGCCUAAGAAUGAACGUGUUGAACCUUCUUCCAAACAAUUACCAUCGAAAGUAACAAGGAGUAAAGCUAACACCCAAAAACCCGAACCUCAAAGAUCAUUGUCGUAUUCUCGGCUUUCUGAACUCUCGAAAACGUUUUCUCCAGAAAUCAAAGAUCCCAUGCUGAAAAAAGACGAGGCUCAAAAAUCCGACAAAGGCGAUUCCAAGGUUCUCUCAAAGGAGAAGGAACAACAAUCUUCUUCGGAAAGCGAAGAGAAUGACUCAGAUGAAGAAGAUUCUUCAUCUGAGUCUGAUGCUCCUAUGCAAGAAAAGGCAAACCCUAUUCCUUUAGAAAAGCGCGCAAGUGCUGCAGUACCUCAGAAGAAGAGAGGAAGAGGUAGACCUAGAAAGAGUACAGGACUUGCUGGUUUAGCUGCGCUUGCUUAA